CUGACUGGACUUGCUGCUCUUCUUCUCAGGUGGCAAUUCCCCUACCCGAAGCGUCGCGGCUCCUCCCCCCCCCCCAACCUGAACUUCCUCAAUUCGAGCCCGGCCCAAUCGAAGGGGUCAUGAACACUUCACGUUCGCCUCACCAGACGCAAUACUGAAGAAGGGAAAGGAGGAUUCGAGAGACCUAUAAUCUAUAAUUCCUAAUGGCAGGUGAGGGGCCCCAGCUGCGCUCCGGCCUCGAGUCUAAUGGCACGUCCACCCCCUCCACGGUCGCCCUCCUCGACAUCCUCCACUUCAACUACCCAUGGGUCCUCUGCCUGAUCUUCGUCGUCGCCUUCGUCGCCAACAGCGUGCUCACCGCCGACCCGGCCGCGGAUUCGGGCAAGCCUACGGUGACGGGACCCGGCGGCAAGCCUCUCCCCCGAUCACCCAAGCGGAAGGCCGAGGAGGAGGAGCGCCUGCGGAGGAAACGACAAGACUUCAGCCCCCUCCGCAAGCUGUUGUUCUACUGGCUUGCGGCCGGCGUGAUAGCCACCUUCAUCGCGAACGCCGCCAACAUUGUCAUCCAUGCUCUGAAGAUGCGUGAGGAUGGCUGGUGGUGUGGGAAAGCGACCGCGAUCUACGUCUGCGGUUCGGCGUUUUUCUAUAGCAUGUUUCUCAUCUCCUUAGUCGAUACCACCCCGUCCCCGAACAUCUCCCACCAGCUGACGUGGGUCGCUGCGCUCGUCGCGGAGCUUGUGCUGUUAGGGACCACCAUCGCCCUCGACACCUCCCCCCAUCUGGAUACCAAUUCUCUGCAGGAGGAGUGGGAUAGGAAAUUCCACAGGGGGGCCACCGACUGGGAGAUUGCUGACAUCACCAUCGAUGCCAUCCGGGUCAUUAUGCUCAUAUUCCUCGUGGCCUUCUAUAUCGUCUUCUCUAUCGAACGCUCCUACAAGAAUCGGAGCUGGGGUUGUCAGCGGCAGAACCGGGGUGAGACAGCCCCCCUUCUUGUCAAUGGGCGCGCAAAUGGGAAUGGGCACGUCCGUGGAAACGGGACCAUCGCGCACGUCCACAACCCCAGCGCAGACUUUGGGAACGGGGAUGCGGGGUCUGUUACGCCACAUGGAUCAUCGCAGAACGGCAAUACGGCGGGAGACGGUGUGGACGAGCAUGCCAGCGGGCGCAAGAGCCCCGAGGAGAAUCCCGCCUUCUACAAACCUACCACCGCGCCAAACCGCACCUGGUACGAGUACCUGAAGGGCUACUCGCUCUUCUUCCCUUAUCUCUGGCCGCACAAGUCGCUGCGCCUGCAGCUGAUUGUCGUAGCGUGCUUCGGCAUCGUCCUCCUUCAGAGAGCCGUCAACAUCGCCGUUCCUCUGCAGAUGGGAACCGUGACCAACAAGCUCUCCGGCAAGGAUGGAGAGAAGGGGAUGCCGUGGGUCUCAAUUUCCCUCCUGAUCGCCUUCCGAUUUCUGCAGGGCACGUCGGGGAUCCUCGGUGCGGCCAGAUCGGUCCUCUGGAUCCCCAUCUCACAGUACUCCUAUCAAGCCCUGACCACCGCUUCUUUUGAGCACGUGCAUAGUCUAAGUUUAGACUUCCACCUAGGCAAACGGACCGGGGAGGUGCUUUCGGCGUUAAACAAGGGCAAUGCGAUCAACAAUUUCCUCGAACAGAUUACAUUCCAAGUCCUGCCCAUGAUCUUCGAUCUUGGAGUGGCUAUUGUCUACUUUGGGUAUGAAUUCGAUGCAUACUAUGCCCUCGUCGUCAGCAUAAUCACAUUCUCUUAUCUCUACCUCACCAUCCGCAUGGCGCGCUGGCGAGCAGUGCAGCGGAGAGAGAUGACCAACCUCGGCCGCGAGGAAGAGGCCGUCAAGAAUGACUCUCUGACCUCGUACGAGACGGUCAAGUACUUCAAUGCCGAGGAGUACGAGUUCAACCGGUACCGCUCUGCCGUAUCCGCCUUCCAGAAGAUGGAGUACAAGGUCAUCGUCUCCCUUAACAUCCUCAAUAUCUCUCAGAACAUGGUCUUCAUGACCGGGCUCCUGACCACCUCCUUCAUUGCCGCGUACCAGGUAACGACCGGCGUGCGUGAUGUCGGAGACUUCGUAAGCUUGAUGACAUACAUGGCCCAGCUUCAGCAGCCGCUGAAUUUCUUUGGGUCGUUCUACCGUGGCGUGCAGAGCGCCAUGAUCAGUGGGGAGCGUCUGCUGGAGCUGUUCAAGGAGCAGCCGACGGUGGUCGACUCUCCUACCGCCGUGCCCAUGCCGACAUGUGAAGGCGCCAUCCGCUUCCAGAACGUCAAGUUCUCAUACGACAAGCGGAAACCCGCACUCGAGGAUCUGUCCUUCACCUGCCGCCCCGGAACGACGACUGCGUUUGUGGGGGAGUCCGGAGGCGGAAAGUCGACCGUCUUCCGGCUCCUGUUCCGCUUCUACGAUGCGCAGCACGGGAGUAUUCAGGUUGACGGUCACGAUGUUAGGGACGUUACUAUCGAUUCGCUGCGCCGCCACAUCGGCGUGGUUCCGCAGGACACCAUCCUGUUCAACGAGACCCUCAUGUACAAUCUACGUUACGCCAACCCCAACGCCUCGGACGAGGAGAUCUAUGCAGCGUGCCGAGCUGCAUCCAUCCACGACAAGAUCUUGGCCUUCCCCGAUGGGUACAAUACGAAGGUGGGAGAGCGUGGCCUCCGCUUGAGCGGCGGGGAGAAGCAACGGGUGGCAAUUGCACGGACGAUCAUCAAGAACCCCCGGAUCAUCAUGCUUGAUGAAGCUACCGCAGCCUUGGACUCCGACACCGAGCAGAACAUCCAAGAGGCGCUGAUGACUCUAUCCGAGGGCCGCACCAUGCUCGUCAUCGCCCAUCGGUUGUCUACGGUCACGAGCGCUGAACAGAUCCUGGUUCUUCAUGCUGGGAAGGUCGCUGAAGCCGGCACCCACCAAGAGCUCCUCGCAAUGAAGGGCCGCUAUGCCAGCAUGUGGAAGAAACAGAUUCGGGCUGAACGUGCAGCGGAGGCUGCAUCGCAGAUGGUUGCAAAAGCCAAUGCUCUGCAGAAGGCCGCAUUGGAACGUCCAGGUAGCUCCGGAAACGAGGGCGGGCCAAGCGAGGAUGUCAGCGAGAACGAGGCCGAGAGCCGUAGGUUGGGUGUGGCAUCGAGACCUCUCAUCCAUAGUACCGCGGGCCGUCAGGAUUCCUCUUCUUCUACGAGCCGAUCACAGGCCGACGAUACGUUGGAGGACGAUAGAGCGGAUGAGGGAAAGGAUCCCCAAGUCCCCGAUCCUGCAGAUCGGCCCGGGAAACCCGAUGGUGAUGCCGAGAAUCUGCAGCGGACCGGGGGCGGAGAGGCGAGCCGCACAUAACGGCCUCCCCCGCACAGUCCAGAAAGAAUAGUUUGAUUUCGUAGAUGCUCUCUCUCUCUCUCUCCCCCCUUCUCUCACUCUUACGAUACCCAGCGUUCAGACCUUGGGCAGAGCAUCUCUCUCUCUCUCUCUCUUCCGAAAUGAGUCAGUGUCAGGUGACCGCCCCGUCACAGCGGUUCACUUCUCAUAGUGUGCUUAACGAAUUCGCACAACAUACGACUUCUUGUUCAUAUUGGUUCACCUUCACGAUCACGGCUCACGAAGUUGUUU